CGGACCCAUGAUCAUAGGAAGCUUAAUGUUUUGUUCAUUAGGCUUCGGACGAACGCAUGGAUUGCACUCGAUAACAUAUUCUAAAAUAAUCUUCUGACUUUUAGUGUGUCCACUAAAAUUGAUUCAAACUUCUUUUGACAUUGACCCCAUACAGCAAAAUUCGCAAUGUUCCGGUUAAAGAAAUAUUGCAUUGCAAACUUGUUUGCCUUACAGCUACUUUUCGUAUUUACUAACAAAGUGACCUCCACGAACCUUUUCCAAAAUUCUAUUUUACUACAACAACAGAACAAUUUUACCUCUGAAACUCUAAAUCAUGAUGAGAGUGGUCCAGUUUUAGUUGUGAGUGGAAAAGAUCUCCACUACAACUUGGGAGUGCAAAUUGUGAUCUCGAUCUUUCUGAUAAUUGCAUAUUUUGACUUUAUUUUCCAAACAGUGCUUCUAUUCUACGUGUUUAUCCAACUGAUUAUGAAAUUGAAAAGCACGGAUGAAAUGUUCUUUGCCGGUUUGGGGAUAACAGUGUACACUUCACUUCGGUCAACUUUUGUCCUGUUCUUCCUGUAUCCUAUUCCAUGGGACUGGGCUCCAUCUCUCUCAAGCCUGGCUUUUGAUAUUCUAAUUUACAUUAACACUGCCUGGUUUGUCUUCUUUUUCGGAUUUUCUUCCUUGACCUGUGUCUACUACAUGAUUUUUGUCGGUACCACCGGAAAAAGGAUGAAAGGCUCUGUUAUCGAUCCCAAGACGGGACUCGAACCUAUGGUGGUGGUUUUAAUGCCCAUCUAUAAUGAAGAACCAGACGCAUUAUUUCGAGCUGUGGAAAGUGCAAUACGCUGCAAUUACCCGUCAGAUCGCCUCCACAUUUUCCUUGCGUUUGAUGAAGCAUCCGAAACCACAUUGUAUUUUUCUCUCCUCAAAAAAUUGCGUGUUUUAUCCAAAGAAGUUUCCGAAGAAAUCAAAGCAAAACUAGAAAUUAUCCCAGAAAAUGAAGGAAAUUGUGACUUUGAAAUAUUCCCACCACGUUUGGAGUGGUACAUUGAAUCAGUGAGGGUCACAAUAUGUCGAUUUCCUCACGAAGGGAAGAGCCCAACUCAGGGGAAAAGCUUCAAAGUGAUCAACAAUAUCUACGGAGGUCAAGAUGAUAGCGAUGCUGGUGGAUGUGCAGAUGCAGAUUCAGUGGCCAAUACUCUAAUCCUUUUCAUCGACUCGGACAUUAUUCUUCACGAAAAUGCCAUUCACAAUUUUGUUGUGAGUGCAGUAGCCAACCCAAAAAUUCGAGGGAUGACCGGGCUUGUAACUUGUAGGACAUCGAGAACCUUCAAUAUUUUCCAAUACCUUCAAGACGCAGAAUAUAUCGACGGGCAAAUUUUCAAUAGGACCUCUGAGGCCAGUCUCGGCGCAGUGACAUGUCUCCCGGGUGCCUUGACACUGAUUCGACUCAGCGCAUUACAACAAGUCGCGCCCAGCUACUUUAGAGAAAUUGACAAACGGCGGACAACAGACUUUCACAGGUUUCACCUCGGCGAAGACAGAUACAUGACUUUUCUCCUCACUGAGAACUCCGAGGGCCCAUACCAAGUCAGGUUUAUAUCGAGCGCAACUUGCAAGACAGAUGCUCCGGACACGUUCCAAAAACUGCUAAAACAGAGGCGACGAUGGUUUUUGGGCGGGUUUGUGAAUGAUGUGAGUACGAUGAUAAGCCCCGUGAUGUGGAAGAAGGUGCCCUUUGUUGUCCUACUCAACACAUACACGUACGCUAGUCGUAGUCUCAGUUGGAUUCUUCCCAUCAUGGUCAUUUCCAUUAGUGUGAAUCAAAACCCAGGACUUGCCCUGUAUAUCAUGGUCAUUACCUUCGGGGUGAAAUAUGUCCUUUUGUGCAUUAAUGCCCUGGUUAUGACUCGAAAUAAGAUUUGCAGUUCGUACAUCCUGUUAUUCUUCAUCAGCCCUGUUUUCAACUGGAUCGUGAAUUUAUAUGCAGUUUGGACAUGGAAUACAAGGUCGUGGGGUGGUCCCAGGACAGACGAUGGCGACGGAAAGGUUGUGUCAAAAGUUCAAGUAAUUGAAGAGGUCAUGAAUCAACGAGAAGAAGCAACUGGAAAGACAAGAAAGAGCUUGGGACAAAUAAAAACGGUGAGUCGACUUAUCGACAACAACAUGAGAAACAAAACUGAGGAAAUUAAUCGUUUUGGAAGUAUACGAAGUACAAACUCAAGUAACCACUCUGGAGGCAAAUACAACUCCAACAACGAAGUUCCUAUAAAAAAAUUUGUUCCCUUCCCUUAUGAAACCGAGUUCCUUGGUGGGGGUGGCUACGACAUGAACGAUGAUUCCUGCAUCCUUGUUCCCCCAACUCCUAAGCUGUCAAUUAGUAUGUCACCAAUCGCGUCGGUGAGAAGCCUGCGAGGACAACAUACACCUACACAAAACUUACUCAGUCCUGACACAAAGGCAAGUUUACAUCAGUCCCAUUCGAUGCCGGAUUUGCACACAUUUUCUCAGUCGAACGCUCCAUACUUGUUUGCAAAACUAAGUCCAGACGUCCAAAAGAGAGCUUCAUCCUUUCGCCUGGACACGAGUUACUUGGCCAAAGUGGAGGACUUGGCGACUCCAGAGAAUUCUCACCAGAGAGAUACUAGCUUCAACCAGCGACUGUCUGGACGGUCCAGUCCUUCAGGGUCCGCAACGUCUCUCGGGAGCAGGGAACCCUCUGUCCACAAUUUGGACAUUUUCACUGGCAACAACCCCAUCAGCUCAUCAUCAUCUGCCCUUGGGGAUUACCAAAGUCGGGUGAAUAAUCAUAAAAUUUGUGACCCAAAUAGUGCAGUGGACCAUACUGACGAUGAUGUGGUCGAUAUAGUUAUACAUGUUCCAGACUUUAGUGUCAUGUCUGACUCAAAUUUCGGCCCAGAAUAAAUUAGAUGCGAAAUUUUAAUGACUUGUUUAAUUGAAAACGUGAUGAUUUAUAUUUUCAAUAAAAGCAAAAUUUAUUUAAUGAA